CCAAAGGUCCCUACGGAGAAACUAUUUAAAAGGCAGAGCCCUUCAUUAGAACUCCAGCUGCCUACAUCUUAAUAUCUGAACACACUCGAGCCAGACGAGUUUGACGGACGUUAUGAAAUCUUUGGCUCUGGCUUUGCUGCUGUGUGCUCUGGCAUCACCGUCAGAAGCUCACUGCUUUAUCAACAACGUUAAAGAAGGCACGACCCACUGCCAGGACUAUGCGGAUAACACAUGGCAUGCAGUGGGAUCGUCUUGGAGAAACAGUGAAUGUAUGGACUGUACCUGCGGCCAGUGUUGCUCUGGGUACACAACUCCCAGAGUCUUUCCUGACAACUGUGUGUCAGUUUUUGACCCGCAGGCCUGUCAAUACGUAGUGCACGUGAAAGGUGAUCCAACCACACUGUGUCCAAUUUUUGCAGCAGUAGGAAAGUAAUGGAGUGACGGAAGUAAAGCAUGCAGAUGUGAAACGUCACCGACCUCUCACCAGGAAACUGGUUCAACCUGAAACGUAAAACCAUCACUGCUACAAAUGCAAUUACAAAUUAAUAAAUAAAUCACACACUU